AGCUUCCAGGCCCUCGGACGCAGCGUGCGCAGCAGCCGCCUCGCCGCCCGCCACGUCGCCGCCAGAGCCGCGCGCUCCCAGGUGGCGCUCGCCGCUGCGCGCCCGACGCGCGCCUUCUCCGCGCUCCAGAGCGCCGCCCAGCAGCAGCGCAGCUUCCUGCGCUCGCAGACGCCGUUGGUGGCUCGCGCGUUCUCCUCCGCCGCCGCGGAGGCGGUGCCGGUGCCUUCGAUGGGCGACUCCAUCUCGGAGGGCACGGUGGUCGAGUGGCUCAAAGCCCCCGGCGACUUUGUGGACGCGGACGAGGUGGUCGUCGUCCUGGAGACCGACAAAGUGAGCGUGGACGUGCGCGCGCCGUUCUCGGGCGUGCUGGAGGCCCAGCUGGCCCAGAUUGACGAGAACGUGCUCGUGGGCGCGCCACUCUUCAGUGUGGUGAAGCAGGCGGCUGGCAGCACCCCGGCUGCUGCGGCCUCUGCUGCCGCUGCUGCCCCGGCCAAGGAGGCGGCGGCGCCUGCUGGCGAGGACCUGGAGACGAUCAACGUGCCGUCCAUGGGCGACUCCAUCUCGGAGGGCACGAUCGUGACCAUCCGCAAGAACAUUGGCGACUACGUUCGGGCCGACGAAGCCGUCCUCAUCGUGGAGACUGACAAGGUGAGCGUCGACGUCAACGCUCCGGUGUCCGGAAAGCUGACCAGCGUGCUGGCAAAGCUUGAGGACGUCGUGGAAGUCGGAUCGCCUCUGUUUGUGAUUGACAAGGCGGCUCCUGCCCCCGCCGAGUCGGCCGCCCCGGCGCCUACUACUGCUGCUGCCCCUGCCGCGACUACCGAGAAGGCCCCGGCUUCGCCCCCGAAGCCUUCUACCCCCGCCCCGGCGGCUGCUGCUGCUACGCCGUCGGCACCUGCUACGGGCCGAUACAACCGCAACGAGACUCGCGUUCAGAUGAGUGCUCUGAAGAUCCGUGCGUCGCACCGCCUCAAGGACACGCAGAACAGCGCUGCCAUGCUGUCUACCUUCCAGGAGUGCGAUUUGGGCAACCUGAUCGCUCUUCGUGAUGAGCUUGGCGAUAGCUUUGAGAAGACCCACGGCGUGAAGCUCGGCAUCAUGUCCUCGUUCCUCAAGGCCAGCGCUCAGGCCCUCCAGCGCAUCCCCGCGGCGAACUCCUUCAUUGAUAUGGAUGCCAAGGAGAUCGUCUACAACGACUUCGUGGACAUCAAUGUGGCGGUGGCCUCGGAGCGCGGUGUGGUGAUGCCUGUGAUCCGUAACGUUGAGAAGCUGAGCGUGGUGGACAUCGAGAAGACGCUGACGACUCUCGGCCAGCAGGCGCGCGAUGGCACUCUGGCGCUGGAAGACCUGGCCGGCGGUACCUUCACAGUGUCGAACAGCGGCGUGAACGGCGCGCUGCUGAGCACUUCGAUGCUGACGGCCCCGCAGUCGGCUGUUCUGGGCGUGCACGGUGUGAAGAUGCGCCCGACGGUGCACGCAGGCAAGGUGGUGCCGCGCCCGAUGAUGUUCCUCUCGCUGACGUACGACCACCGCAUCAUCGACGGACGAGAAGGCGUGACGGUGCUGAAGAGCAUCGCCGAGGCGAUCUGUGACCCGCGUCGUCUGCUGCUGGACAUGUAAACGUGUGAUAGCGCGCGGAGGAAGCCGCCGCGUAGGUCGAACAAGAAGAAGACAAGCUUGCACAAACACAAAGGAGGAAGGAGUGGACUAACCAAGUCCUAGAGUGAAAAGAUGAACUUGGUUAUUGUUAC